AUGUGGCCACAUCAAAUGAAACAACAUUCUUCUCACAUUCAUGAAUUCCCUGCAAAACUCCAGUUUUUCCGGGACGUGAUUCAGGAACCCUUUCAGUUGGAUAUAGAACUGAACAUUACCAACGAUCUAGCUGGUUUCAUUGAGAAGCCUAAUGAAACAAUUCUCAACGACACGAACCUUUUCUUUCCAAUUAGAUACCCUCUUGCAAUGCCCAUUGUCGAGGCUGUAAUGACAGCAGUAUUACUUUCAGCAAUCAUGGUUGCCACAGUCUUUGGUAAUAUAUUAGUAAUAAUCUCUAUUUUUACCUACAGGCCUCUCCGGAGCGUACAAAACAUAUUUCUGGUGUCCCUGGCAUGCGCUGAUAUUGCUGUUGCCAUUCUUGUUAUGCCACUUAAUGUCACUUAUUCUAUUAUUGGUCGUUGGGUUUUUGGACUUUGGGUAUGCGAGAUGUGGUUAACGUGUGACGUCCUCUGUUGCACUGCUUCUAUUCUGAGUCUUUGUGUGAUUGCCCUAGAUCGCUAUUGGGCCAUUCAUGAUCCGAUCAACUACGCUCAGAAACGUACACUGAAAAGAGUUCUUCUUACCAUUUUCUUGGUUUGGGGAAUCAGUGCUUUAAUUUCCAUUCCACCGCUGAUUGGUUGGAAUGACUGGCCUGAAGAUUUUGCAGACACCACGCCAUGUGCUUUGACAGAAGAAAAAGGGUACAUAGUAUAUUCCUCUAGCGGUUCCUUUUUCAUUCCGCUUGUUAUCAUGACUGUGGUUUAUUUGAAGAUAUUCCAGGCGACCAAACGUCGAUUAAGAAAACGAGCGAAGCAAGCACCAAAACUAGCAUCAACUACCAUGACAAAUGACAAUGAGAAGAGAGAAAUACCUCUACAAAAUCUCCAACCAUGUCAUAAUACUGACAAUUCCACAUCUGUAAGGCUUGAUGCUUCGGUGUUAUUGGAGACAGAAAAUGACGAACACGAAGAAAGCCCCAAAAUCUGUGAUCGCCAUCAAACUCGAAACGGCAGCCAAAAGACACAACAACCAGGGACUGUGAAGCAGUACAUGGAACAAAGACAAAAAAUAUCUCUGUCCAAAGAACGUCGAGCAGCCCGUGUACUUGGAAUCGUAAUGGGUGUAUUUGUUCUUUGUUGGCUUCCCUUCUUCUUGAUGUAUGUCAUCCUCCCAUUCUGCACCAAUUGUACCAUUUCUACACGCGCAGUCACUUUCAUUACCUGGCUCGGAUAUGUAAAUUCUGCACUGAACCCUGUUAUUUAUACAGUUUUCAAUCCCGAUUUCAGGAAAGCAUUUCAAAAGCUUUUGUAUUCAAAAUAAUUAGCUUAAACAAAUUAUCAUAACAAAAUUGUAUUCUUUAUCUUUUACGUGGAUGCUUUAUAAAAAUGACAGUUAUAUCCAACUAGUCCAUAAGAGUAGAUCAAGAGCUGGCGGAGAGUGCCUUCCCUCAAAUUUCUCAGUUCAAAAUUAGGCACGGCUAGCGCAGGUAGCUAUUGUUUUGGCUUUGCGCGAAUAUCCCCGACAAACCAAAUUAUUCUUUAACAGUUCAAUUAGGAAAUUGUCCUGUUGUUUCAAAGCAGGAAGAGUUUUUAAAACAAACCUACUUUUCAUUAACUGGAUAUUGAAAAGUUAUAUCCAUUUACUCUUUAAUCUCUAGAUGCUUGAGGUUUGUAACUUCAUUUUGAAUUAACCAAUUAAGAGUAUAAUAGUCAA